AUGCCCGUGUCCCCCACGGAGGUCAGCUGUGGCCCCUGGUGGCGGCCCGACCCCAGCACAGCCUUGUUGGAGGUCGCAUGGCUGGCGGGACGGUCCUGGAUCCUGACGCAGCCCUGGGGCACGGCCAGCUCCCAGCUCCCGGCCACGGAGUGGGCCCUUGUCUCUGCCUGUGAGCGGGUCGGAGAGGCAAGCACUCCUGCAGCCGCCCCGCAGCCAGCUCUGCGGGGCCCGGUAGGGGUGGCUCUGCUGGACUUCCCCACGUCCCCCAGCCUUGCUCAGGAGCCCGGGGGGCAGGGUGGCGGGUCCCCUACCUCGCAAAUGUCCCGCUGGGGCCUGGAGUUCAGGACCCUUAUCUGCAGGAGAGCUGCUGGGACCCCCCUUGGGUCAGCAGAGCAUGGGGCCCCGCGUGUCCCCGCGCGGACCGUGCUCUUCCAGGGCAAGAGGGCCGGCCUGACGUACCGCGUGCCCUCACUGCUGCCUGUGCCCCCUGGGCCCACCCUGCUGGCCUUCGCGGAGCAGCGGCUGAGCCCCGACGACGCCCACGCCCACCGCCUGGUGCAGAGGACCGGCACGCUGGCUGGGGGCCCCGUGCGGUGGGGCACCGCGCGCGUGCUGGGGGCGGCGGCCCUGGACGAGCACCGCUCCAGGAACCCCUGCCCGGUGCACGUCGCGCGCACGGCAGUCUUCCUCUUCAUCGCCGUGCGCGGCCGCACCCGCGAGGCCGCGCAGAUCGCUGCGGGCGAGAACGCCGCGCGCCUCUGCUGCGUGACCAGCCGGGACGCGGGGCGCAGCUGGGGUGGCGCGCGGGACCUCACGGCGGAGGCAGUGGGCGGCGCCGAGCAGGACUGGGCCACGUUUGCUGUCGGCUCCAGCCAUGGCGUGCGGCUGGGCUCGGGCCGCCUGCUGGUGCUGGCCUACACGUACCGCGUGGACCGGCGAGAGUGCUUCGGUGAGAUCUGUGGGACCGACCCCCACUCCUGCCGCACCUGGCACCACGGGGGCCUCGUGCCCAACCUGCGCUCGGGCGAGGGCCAGUUGGCGGUGGUGGACAGAGGGCUGGCCGGGGGCAUCCUCUACUGCAAUGCCUGCAGCCCCCUGGGCAGCCAUGUGCAGGUGCUCAGUGUAGACGAGGGCGCCUCCUUCCUGCCUGGGGAGCUGGUACUUGCCCUGGCCGAGACCGCCGGGGGCUGCCAGGGCAGCAUUGUGGGCUUUCCGGCCCCGCCCUCCAGCAGGCUGGAGGAUGAGGGGUGCUCCAUGGGUACCAGGAACCCCCUCCACCUUCCACACCUCUGCCCUGGGCCCCAGGAACCCCCAGAGAAGGAGGGCGCUGGAGACACCCGAGGGGGCGGGGGGCUGGGUGGGACAGAGGGAUGUGGGGAUGGCCUCGGUGAGCCUGGCCCAGGGCCUGGGCUUGAUGGGGACAGGGGGGCCUGGACCCCCGAGCUCCCGGUCCCCUCGGCCUUGUCUCAGAGCCCCACGUGGCUGCUGUAUUCCCACCCGGUGGGGCGCAGGGCACAGCUCCACAUGGGCAUCCGCCUGAGCCGGUCCUCGGACCCCCACAGCGGCACGGAGCCCUGGGCGACCCACGAGGGCCCCAGUGGCUACUCUGACCUGGCAUCCAUCAGGCCCACCCCCGAGAGAGCCCUGACCUUCGCCUGUCUGUAUGAGAGUGGGACCGGGGUCUCCUACGAGGAGAUCUCCUUCUGCAUGUUCUCCCUGCAGGAGGUCCUGGGGAACGUGAGGGCGGCGCGGCAUCCCAGCCUUGGGGACAAGCCUCCGGGGCGCUGCCGGCCCUCCUGA